UCCAUUAAAGCCCUGAUUCGAUCAACGUCUUCUCAAAAGGCAUUCACUACAGAGCUCCAAUUUCCAACCCAUUAACACAAACCCAACCAAUUCCAUUUUCCGCCGCCGUUUCUAUUCAGAAACCACACGCCAAGAACAACACCCACCACCAUCUUCCUUCCAAUUCUGUUUCUUUCUUUCCCUAAUCCAUGGCAGAGCUUCCUCCGGCGGAAUCCAUCUCAGAGCUUUCUCCCGACGCCGGAGCUGCCUUCGUCCUCGAAUCCAAAGGGCAGUGGUGGCAUGCCGGAUUCCACUUGACGACGGCGAUCGUCGGGCCGCCGAUUCUCACUCUGCCGUUCGCCUUCCGAGGAUUGGGUUGGGGAGUUGGAUUUGUGUGCUUGACGAUCAUGGCGGCGGUGACUUUCUACUCGUACUACCUCUUGUCCAAGGUGCUGGAGCUCUGCGAGAAACAGGGCCGCCGCCACAUCCGCUUCCGGGAACUCGCCGCCGACGUCUUGGGGUCAGGAUGGAUGCUGUACUUUGUCGUGUUCAUACAAGCAGCUGUCAACACGGGAGUGGGAGUCGCCGCAAUUUUGCUUGGUGGAGAAUGCUUAGAGUUGAUGUAUUCAAACAUUCAUCCAGAAGGGGAACUGAAAUUGUACCAUUUCAUAGCAAUGGUGACAGUGGGAAUGAUACUCAUAUCUCAGCUUCCUUCCUUCCACUCCCUCAGAUAUAUCAACUUUGUUUCCCUUCUUCUCAGCCUCGCCUAUGCCUUCUUAAUCGCUUUUGCUUCCAUUCUUGCAGGUACAUCGGAUAAUGUUCCAUCCAAGGGUUAUUCUUUGGAAUCAACACUCUCUGCUAGGCUUUUUACUGCCUUCACUUCCAUUUCUAUCUUUGCUGCCAUUUUUGGCAAUGGCAUUCUUCCUGAAAUUCAAGCCACUCUUGCACCACCGGUGGGUGGGAAGAUGGUGAAAGGGCUCAUCAUGUGUUACAUUGUGAUAUUCAUCACAUUCUACUCAUCAGCAGCUUCUGGGUAUUGGGUUUUUGGCAAUGAAUCCAAUUCAAAUAUCUUGAAGAACUUAUUGCCUAAAAAUCAAUCUCCUUUGGCUCCGACUUGGAUUCUCCUCUUCGCCGUCCUCUUCAUUCUCCUCCAGCUUCUCGCCAUCGGAAUGGUUUAUGCCCAAGUGGCUUAUGAGAUCAUGGAGAAACGAUCAGCUGAUGCAAAACAAGGAGUGUUCUCAAGAAGAAACCUGAUUCCUAGGCUGAUUUUGAGGACAUUGUACAUGUCAUUGUGUGGAUUCUUUGCAGCCAUGUUUCCAUUCUUUGGUGACAUUAAUAGCAUCGUUGGAGCUAUCGGGUUCAUCCCGCUCGACUUCGUUCUUCCGAUGGUUCUCUACAACAUCACUCAUAAGCCUCCGGUAACGUCGAUAACUUAUUGGGUCAAUGUGUUCAUUGUUGUUGCAUUCUCUGGUGUAGGACUUUUGGGAUGCUUUGCUUCUAUUAGGAACUUGGUUUUGGAUGCCAAGAAGUUUAAACUUUUUAGUAGUCAUGUGGUUUGAUUAAUGUUGUCUUUCGUCGAAUUUAAGGUAAUAAUAUGACUGCAAAUGGUUUGAACUU